AGUGAAAUUGGAGCCUCUCCAACGGCGGGCGCUGGCGGGUGGCCGAAGCUGGAGGUGGGCGGGCAGGUGGGUCUGUGAAGGGCCUGGGGCCGGUCAUGGCGCUGAGGCCUGACCCAGGGGGAAGAUGAAUAAGGGCUGGCUGGAGCUGGAGAGCGACCCUGGGCUCUUCACUCUAUUGGUAGAGGAUUUUGGUGUUAAGGGGGUGCAAGUUGAAGAAAUCUAUGAUUUGCAGAGCAAAUGCCAAGGGCCAGUCUAUGGGUUUAUCUUCCUUUUCAAGUGGAUUGAAGAGCGCCGAUCACGACGGAAGGUCUCAACUCUGGUAGAUGAGACAUCGGUGAUUGAUGAUGACAUUGUCAAUAAUAUGUUCUUUGCUCAUCAGCUGAUCCCCAAUUCUUGUGCCACACACGCAUUGUUGAGUGUCCUCCUGAACUGCAGCAGUGUAGACUUGGGGCCAACUCUGAGCCGAAUGAAGGAGUUCACAAAAGGGUUUAGUCCAGAGAGCAAAGGCUAUGCCAUUGGAAAUGCCCCAGAACUGGCCAAGGCCCACAACAGUCAUGCUAGGCCAGAGCCCCGGCAUUUGCCAGAGAAACAGAAUGGGAUCAGUGCGGUGCGAACCAUGGAGGCUUUUCACUUUGUCAGCUAUGUUCCCAUUAAGGGGAGGCUCUUUGAGCUGGAUGGCCUGAAAGUUUAUCCCAUUGACCAUGGGCCAUGGGCAGAAGAGGAGGAAUGGACAGACAAAGCUCGAAGAGUGAUCAUGGAGAGAAUUGGACUUGCCACAGCAGGGGAGCCAUAUCAUGACAUCCGCUUUAACUUGAUGGCAGUCGUGCCUGACAGGAGGAUGAAGUAUGAAUCCAAGCUGCAUAUCUUGAAGAUGAACCGGCAAACUGUAUUAGAGGCUUUGCAGCAGCUAAUCCGUGUGACGCAACCAGAGCUGGUCCACACCCAGAAAUUCCAGGAGGCCCAGGCUUCUGAAGAGCCAAAGUCAGCAAACAGCAAACCCCCCACCGCCCUGCCAGUGGGGAGAGUGCAGCUGGUCCCAGAGAGCUCACAAGCAGAGAGCACUGAGGAGUCUGGAGGCCAGGAUCAGCCUUCAUCAACCCAGAGCCCUCCAAGCAAAUCCAAGCUGGGCAAUAAGCUACCUGUGAGCAGCAUCAAUGGGGCACUGGCCAACCCUAGCCCUAUUGUGCAGAGACUGCCAGCUUUCCUGGAUAACCACAACUAUGCCAAGUCACCCAUGCAAGAGGAAGAGGACCUUGCUGCAGGAGUGGGCCGGAGCCGGGUCCCAGUACGGCAGCACCAGCAGUACUCGGACGAGGAGGAUGACUAUGAUGAUGAUGAUGAGGAAGAAGUUUGCAAUGCCAAUCCCGCCACAAGAUACAAGCGGAAGGGCUCAGUGAAGCAGGAGCCCCUGGUGGGGAGUGCAGAUGGCCAGCUCUCCAUGCUGCAGCCCAACACUAUUAAUGUCCUAACUGAGAAGCUCAAGGAAACACAGAAGGAUCUCUCCAUCCCCCUGUCAAUCAAGACCAGCAGUGGAGGCACUGCUGUUGCUGCUGUUGCCCAUUCCCAGCCAUCUCCUACACCCAGCAACGAGAGUACGGACACUGCCUCCGAGAUUGGGAGUGCCUUCAAUUCCCCACUCCGCUCCCCCAUCCGCUCCGCCAACCCCACUCGUCCCUCCAGCCCUGUCACCUCUCACAUCUCCAAGGUGCUGUUCGGGGAGGAGGAUAGCCUUCUGCGUGUGGACUGUAUACGCUACAAUCGAGCUGUGAGGGAUUUGGGGCCUAUCAUCAGCACAGGCUUACUGCACCUCACAGAGGAUGGGGUUUUCUGCCCACUUACUGUAACAGAUGGUGGGAAAAACUCCUCAUCUUCUAGCAAAUCCAGUGAAGAGCUUCAGUCCACUGUCAAACUAGAAGAGAGAGACUCAAGUGAAGCAAAUGACAGCAAGGAGAAGGCUGGACUUGGUCGGUCUGGUGAUCUCCCUUGUGGGGAAAAGUAUUCUCCGAAAGAGCUGCUGGCACUGCUGAAAUGUGUGGAAGCUGAAAUAGCUAACUAUGAAGCCUGUUUAAAGGAGGAGAUAGAGAAAAGGAAGAAGUUCAAGAUUGAUGACCAGAGAAGAACUCACAAUUAUGAUGAAUUCAUAUGCACCUUUAUCUCCAUGCUGGCACAAGAAGGAAUGUUGGCUAGCCUUGUUGAACAGAACAUCUCUGUGCGUAGGCGGCAAGGGGUCAGCAUUGGGCGUCUCCACAAGCAGCGGAAGCCUGACCGGCGGAAACGUUCCCGGCCGUAUAAAGCCAAGCGUCAGUAGCCUUUGGACAGUACGUUGUGUUCACUGCUUGUCACUUUGGUCAUCUGGUGCACAUUUCAGGCUCUACCAGCUGGGCAGUGCCCAGGAGGCGGGCUUUGCACUGAACAUCUCUGUUCAAAUAAUCAGUGUUAGUGUAAUGUUACAUGCAAAUCCACCGGCAUUCAACUGGGCUGUAGAUGUUCCUCUAAUGGUGGUGAUCAUGUGGGCAUUCCAGUGUAACUUUUCUCCAAACCCUAAGGACCAGGACCACUUGAGGGUCCUACUUAAAACAGCACUUGAAUUUGCUACUCAGUGUCCUAAAUCCAUCUGCAGUAUAUCUUGCAGUAGCCAAUGGCAUCCUUCAGAAGCUCUGUAGGGAGAUUAAUGGAAAAGGAGAAACCAAAUUCCUGCCACCUUCUAGAAGGGCAUUGCAGCAGGAGUUGGUGUGGUGUUGGGUUCAGUUUUCCCAGCAAAAAAGGAAUUAGCUAUGUACUGUUUCUUGCCAGCGCUGAUAGCCCUGUAUUCUCCUGGGAGGCUAUUAUCUAUUUUCUGUAUUAAAAUGUAUAUAUAUAUAUAUUUUCUGAGCCAUAUUACCAUUGUAGUGGACUGCAGGUGGCCAUCAACCCUUUUUCCAGGAAUCUAUUAUGUGCAUUGGAAGGGAUGCUGUCCACUUGAAGGUCAGGCUUCUUUGCUCCUCCUUUGCAGAAGGUCUUUCAGUUCAGUAUCAGUCCUGUUAAUGUUUCUCUAGGUGGUUUCUUCAAUUGUUGCAGGAACAGGGAGAGGAAUUUCUGAAAUGGGCAGUGAGUGCCCAAAGUAAGGACACAGUGUGACUCACAAUUUAUAGGGGUGUAUACCUUGAAGUGAGUGCUGCUUUCUGUUAUGUUUGUUAGCCAUGCACAGAAAAGGAUCAGAAUGAUCAAUCAUACGAGAUUAUUUUCCCCUUCCUGAUCUUGGGGGUUGAAAACUGUAGCCUCAGGUCCCCCUUGAAAGUCCCUUGGCUUUUGCUCAGAUUAUGCUGCCUAAAACCACCCUUUAUGAAGUUAAAACGAUGCUGAGACAAACAGUUGAAAUGGGUGGAUUAGUGUCAUGACAUGCUAGAAGUAACAUAGGUAUCUGUUCUGUUCUCUCUCUGCUCUCUGGAACUGUUAGACCACCAAAAUAAAAAUCAGGUGGGUAGGAAUCAUGACAGUGGUCUCUCUGUGUGAUUCCUCCAUGCAUGUGGCAGGUGGAAUAAAGGAAGAAGCCCCAGGAAAGCAGCUCCUUCACUGCUGCCAGUGAAUGUGAAAUGACUCUUUUUUUUGGGUUGUUAACAGUUCUGAGGCAAAGACAGGAAGCAGACUGUUGAUGAAAGGGCUACCGUUGCAUAAUUGGUUUUCCUUGUAUGCUUUUAUUUGAAAAGUAGUAGUUUUUUUUCUCAGCAGUGGUGGCAGUGAUCAACGAGGGAGGAGUUACGCCUUUAGCACGGGUGAUGGCCAAGGCAGAGACAGCUGGAUCAUCAGUGCGCAGGUGUACCUGGGAUUGUGGACACUAAGGCUUUAUACUUGCAUACUCAGUCACCCUUCUGCUGCUGCUACUUUCCAGCAAAGGUUAUACAACCCCCCCCCCCCCAGUUCUACCUCACUGCCAGUCUUCUGCUGCAGCAACAGGCUUAAUGGUAAAAGACUGGCAAGCUGGAUAAUCAGCAUGGCAGCUCUACUGCCACCAUAGCCAACUUGAGACCUUCUUGUCUACUUCUUAUGUACAUUGGCUUACUCGAGUGUCCUGUGAAAAUCGAGUACAAACCUCGGUUCCUGAACAACUCCGUUUUCGAACGGUUCGGCUCCCAAACACCAAAAACACGGAAGUAAAUGCUCUGGUUUUCGAACGUUUUUCGGAAGCCGAACGUCCAACGCAGCUUCUGCUUGCGUGCAGGAAGCUCCUGCAAUCAAUCGGAAGCUGUGCCUUGGUUGUUGAACAUUUCAGAAGCCGAACAGGGUUCCGGAACAGAUUACUUUCAACAACCAAGGUUUGACUGUACAGAGUAAAUGCAGCAGCGUUCGUAUUGAGGAGAGAGACCAGGACCCACCUGCAAGUUUGCUGUAGGUUAUGCUUGCUGGUAAUCAUAGGCUAUCAGGAUUUCUGGAAUAAUUUCUCUUUUGCUGAACUCAUUCCAUGAACAUGUAUAGGUGGGUCUUCUUUUGUACUACCAGAAAUGAUUAGGGGAAAGCAAAGGAAGACCACAAGCUGAGGAGUGAAAGGACACCCAGUGAUUCCUGAGAUGGUAGUGCAGCUGAGAGCAGAACUGCAUUUGGUUUCUCUGAAAAAAUGUACAGAUGCUGACUGUAGAAUUAUUAUUUUUUAUAUGUUGACAGAAUCAACUGUCUUUUGUCAGUUUCAAGUGCUGUAAAUACCAGUUCUGGGUCAAAAAAUAAAAUGUAUACCCACCUGAA